AGAUUACGAAGAUCGCACAUUUUUGUUUUGGAUGGAAGAUAGCCACGUUCGACCACUUCGGCUCAAAAUGAACCACAAAUUACCCAAUCCCAAUUCAGCUCUCUCUCUCUCUCUCUAAAACGAACCCAAAAGCAGAAAGAAAGAGAAAUCAAUACGAGCUUCUUGUUGGGCAGAGUCGUAUUAAUUUCUUUCAUCUGAAGAAUUCAUAAGGAUGAUGGGUUGUGCGUCGCAAGCAGCUAUUACUAUGAUGUUAUCAACAACAACAAACAGCCACUGCUCCACGGUAGCAGCAGCCAAGGACUACCCAAGGUCCAAGAUGAUGAUGCCGACAGCAACAACAAGCCGACUCAACCUCUUCAGAAUUAAAUCUUCUUCUUCCACCACCGACGCUGAAGAAGCAGAUUGUAAUGUCGAAGAAUGCGCCCCCGAUAAGGAGGUUGGCAAGGUGAGUAUCGAAUGGUUAGCAGCAGAGAAGACCAAAGUGGUGGGUACGUUCCCACCUAUUCGUAAGAAAGGUUGGACAGGUUAUGUUGAGAAGGACACUGCCGGGCAGACAAACAUAUAUUCUGUUGAGCCUGCAGUUUAUGUGGCAGAUAGUGCAAUCAGCUCAGGAGCGGCAGGUUCUUCUGCUGAUGGAGCAGAGAACACAUUAGCCAUCAGCAGUGGCCUUGCCCUAAUUGCUGUUGCCGCAGCAUCAUUGAUACUGCUUCAAGUUGGAAAGAAGCCACCUCAGAUUCAGACACUGGAAUACUCUGGGCCAUCCCUUAGUUACUAUAUCGACAAGUUUAAACCAACGGAAACGCUCCAAGCUUCAGCAUCAGUAGAAAAUGAAACUUCAGUAUCUGUACAGCCAGAGAGCAAGAAUGCCUCUGAAGUUUCUGAGGUUCAGGCGGAAUCUGUAUAUCAACCGGAUGCUUCAACAUACUUCAAGUUCUAAUCUCUUAAGGAAUUAAAGCUGCUGGUUUUCUUUCUGUUGAUAAGCCUCCUUAAAUAGUUUUUCUGUUAUACUGUCUGUUGUAAAAUACCUUGAGGAUUGAUAUAUGAUUCACAGCACCUCUUCAGUUUGUCGAUAA